CUCCUUUCUCUCUCUCUACGCACCUAUGUCUAGAUAAACCAUCUGUGCAAAUAUAUAUAUAUAUAUAUAUAUAUAUAUUACUAGCAACCGUGAAAUUUUCCGGCGAAGGAUGAGCACGGUGCAGGCGACACAACCGUGAAAGUGUCCGGCGAAUUGUAUAGCUUUUUGGAGAUGUUGUGCGCUUGUUUAGGAGAGCAAUUCAAAUUUGAAGAGCCGGAGCGGGAACCACAGUCGCCGGAGUCGAUGGCGACACGGGAUUUCUCCGCCAGUGGCCUUUCAUCGUCGGGGACAGGGGACUGGGAUUCAAAAUUUGAAGAUGCCCAAGUGGAUGAAGCUGAGUCCACACUAAAAGAGGCUCUUUCCUUAAAUUAUGAGGAGGCGAGGGCUUUGUUGGGAAGGCUUGAAUACCAAAGAGGGAACUUUGAUGCUGCCCUUCAAGUGUUCCAACUCCAAGGGAUUAACAUUAAAAGUAUAUUACCAAGGAUGACAAAGGCCGUAACUGAGAGAACUCGGCAGCGAGAGUCGCGUUCCAAAGGUGAAAAUGUGCCAGUUGCUGUAAUGUCACUGCAUUCCAUGAGCCUGCCUCUCGAAGCAAUCUUGCUUAAAGCAAAGUCAUUGGAAGAGCUUGGGCGGAUUAAAGAAAAGGAAGAAGUGGCGGUAGCGGCGGUGGGGAAGAAAUGCAGCGGUGAGCUCGGCGGGCUGGUUCGGCGGUGGCUCGGCUGUGGAUGACUCGGUUUGAUUGUCGAUGGAAGUCAUCAAUCCGGUUCAUCGGAGUAAAACUAGUAGAGAGAGGAGACCGACGGGCAGUAGAUUCUGGCGAGAUUGUUAGCGAUGAGUGUUGUUGCUUGGGUUCGAAUCGUGCGGCUAUGGUUUGGGUUCGCGAAUAGGUCUUACAGCUUAGGUAUGGCAAGAGUGGAUUUGUUGGGUGCUAAACCAAACUCUCUGUUACCUUUUCCCUAGCCCGAGGAUCGUGAGAAAUCCUCUACAAAUCCUCUAUAAAAUACUUCCUAAGAUGUUCUAGAAUUUUUUUUGUAAAUCCUGUAUAUUCUAAUAAUACAUAAUAAGA